CUGUCUGGUGGCUGUAAAGAGGUCCCUGCCAUUUGCAAAUCAUAAAGGCGCAUCGGGGUAGGAAAGACUGACAUCGGGCAGAUAAUGACUGAGGUUUAGAUGAAUCGCACGCCGUUUCCUGCGCUUUACUGAGCUAGCUAAAGGUGAACCUGCCGUCCUGGCUCUCCAGGAGGAUUGUACCACAUCCAUUCCUACAACCUGCCCUGCCUUCCGCUUCCCGCAGGAGGAAUUCUCCCUCCUCCCAUGGCAGCCGGUGUCAGUGCAGUUCUCUCUGCUCUUUCCAGCUGUGGAUACCUUUUGCUCUCCAAGCACACCCCGCAAACCCCCUCUGCACUUCUGCCUGAUUUUCAGGCCUUUCUUUGGCACAGAAAACAGACGAUCUCCUGGGUGAUGCCAAAAAAAAAAAAGCGGGGUUCCAGGGAGUUCAUUUCCAUGUGAAACUUCUGGAUUAGAGAUGACCUGACAUGCUCCGGUGGGAUGGCUGCUCAUGAUGAACUUUCCCUCCAUUCUGAGGUCAAUCCUUGCUCGCUGCUGCUGUCACCGAGAGCAGCUGAGAAGGUUCUGCUUUGGAUUCCUGGAAUUGAAUUGUCCGGGAUUGGCGGCAGGGUUUUCUCAGCAGCGAUCUGCCCCUUGACAGAUUGCCAGGGCUGAAGCCUGUCUGCCUGCAAGAUGUGGUGGCAAAGGGGGUGAUUUAGUGUUCUGUUUCCAGUCCUGCCUCGGCUCCUGGCAGCGUGGGUACUGUUUUGAUUGAUGCACCCACUACAGAUUUAUGUUGUGUGAUUUGUAGUGUCACAACACACCGCACAGUUUUCUGUAUAGAUAACUCAUGCAAAAGCUUUAGUGCUAUUUGUUGACCUGGCUGUCAUGCUACAUAUUCAUUUCGCUACUGAGAAUCAUCUUGCGGUUUCAGCGAGGCAGUCACGAGUAGCAAGGCUAUAAUAGCCUCAUGACACAGGCUCGCGAGACACAACUAAGACGACCUGCCUAACCAGGAUCUCCUCCGGUUGUGCUCUUCCAUGGGAGCUGAGCUUAGCAAGACUUCCACGAUGGAUGAGACCUCAGAUGAGCCUCCCACUUCUGCCGUCCUCUUAGACAACUGCCACUUCUCCCAGGUCAUCUUUAACAAUGUGGACAAGUUUUAUGUUCCCGGAGGAGACAUAACCUGUUAUUACACCCUCACACAGAACAUCGUUCCUCGCGGGAAGGACUGGGUGGGCAUCUUCCGGGUGGGAUGGAAAACAACCCGGGAAUAUUACACGUUCAUGUGGGCUCCUCUACCCAGUGAUGCCCGCAGUGAUACCGCUGUGAAGCAACAGAUCCAGUUCAAAGGGUCGUUAUGUUUGUCUGAAGCUUACUACCUGCCAAAAGAUGAUGAAUACUACCAGUUCUGCUACGUUGACCAGGAUGGCGUGGUCCGGGGGGCCAGCGUGCCUUUCCAGUUCAGAGCAGAGACUGAGGAUGAUAUCCUGGUGGUUACCACACAGGGAGAAGUGGAAGAGAUUGAACUACAAAACAAAAAUCUGCAGAAAGAAAACGAGGAGCUGAAAGCAAGCUGUGCAAGUCUCAAGAAACAAAACAUUGAUCUGCAGAAAGAGCUCAACAAGAUGCAGGAGCUGCAGAAUAGUUUAGAGUCUCUAAGGAGCAACACAGAGAAACUGGAACUGGAGCUGAAUUCCCUGAAGAAGGAAAAUAAACAACUAAAGGAGCUGGAUGACUGCAGAGAAGCAGAACUGCACCAACUCAAAGAACAAAUUCAGAAUGUGACCUCUGACAAGGACCGCCUGGAAACCAGACUGAAAACAGCAAUGGAUCACAUGGACCAGCUGCAGUCUCAAGUGUUGAAUUAUGAGAAAGAAAUGGAAAACCUGUCUCUCAUGGACCGGGACAAGACAGAGCAGCUUGAAAGUUUGAAGGAAGAGAAUCGCCAGUUACGCGCGAUUGGAACUCAACAGAAACAGAGGGAAGAUGAACUCCUGAGGCAUCUCGCACAGGCUGAAGAGGUUUCUUCCUUCUCUGUUGCUUCACAAGCUCAAGCUCCAAUUCCAAGUCCAGCAGUAGGAGGCCUUCUGUUUGGAAAUCCGUACUAUGCUGCGGGAGCAAAGCUGGGGGCAGGAGCUUCAGACUUAGUUUCUAUAAGGAAAUGCCCCAUGUGCGAUGAAGUAUUUCCUGAAGACAGUGAAACAAGUCAAUAUGAGGCCCAUGUGCAGAGCCAUCUCCUGGAGUGCCCACUCUGCAAUGAGGCCUUUGAAAAGUCCAAUAAGCAGGUGUUUGAUGACCAUAUUUUUUGUCACAGGCUGGAAUAAUUCUGAGUUUGUAUCUGCUCUGUAGGAUAGCUAGCAGAGGCCGCAGUAUAGAGUAGACCAAAAUCACUGUAUAGGCUUGAUUCAUGCUAAUAACAUCACGCAGACAAGACUGACUACACCGCUAGUACUGUAAUUCUGAGCUUUCUGUUCCAUGUAGUACAUGACCGACACAUAAAUCAGGUCAGACAUCCACAUCCUGAAACUGAAUCACCAUCACAAAACUUAAGUCCUCUGUCUUGGAUCAAGUAUAUAUGCUUGUUAAACGAGUUACAAAUCCUAUUGUUAAUAAUUUAGUUGAAUGUGGCACCUGUCCUUUAGAACAGGAUUGGCCAUGUAACCGUUCAUCCAGGUAGGGACCCAAGUGAUGGGAUGUAGUACAGCAGUUUUCUGUACUUGGCUGAUACAUCUCUAUUAUAAAGGUUUUAUUCUUUAAUAUAGCACUGUGUUUACUAACCAAAGACCAGAAACAUUGUAUAAUCUUUUAGGAUUGCACCUUCAGUCCUGCUCAGCUUCUAGAAUGCAGAAUUAUUGAUAAGUAAAAAGUCUAAAUACAAAUACAUCUCUUCUUUCGCUAUCAGGUGUAAAGAAGGGAAAGAGACAUUUAUAAAGAGACCAAAGAUCUGUUUGCAGAUCUGAAGCUCUAGGGCUCUCCUUACAGCAAAGUAGGCUUAUUCUAGGGUGAGGCACUUGCACUGUUUUCUCCAUCCAUCUCCAGAUGAGGAAAAUCUGAAAUUUCUGUAACAGGGAAGGUCAGUAUGGUGUGGAGCCCGUAGAAAAGCAGUGAAAAAAAAAGCAGAGCAGAGGAUAAAUGGUCUCUCAGACAGAAACCAGGCAUCCUUAUUUAAAGGAAAUUAUGAAUUUGGAUUAUUUCUUUUUUAUGUUUCUAAACCUUCUUGAUUUAACAAGAAGAGCCUGUUCUCAAACCAAAACAUUGUGAUCCAAAACUAAGUGCCUUGGGAUAUUACAAUGCUUUAUGCAUAGAUUACCCAAUUACUGUUUUUAUUUCUGCUUCAGAAUUUUCAAUUUAUGAUUAACAGCUCUUUUUUUUAAUGCAAACACAAAUGGGGAAAGGUUUACUAUACAGCUGUAUUAGACUCUGUUUCCUGAUGAAUAUCUGAAGCAACAGAAAAUCCUAAGAAGUUUACAUAGAGUUUUAAGAAUAUUUAGAGUAACAAAGACUUCAAAAUGUUUUACUGUUUUGACUCUACACAAACUUUUUAUCAAUCUAGGUUUAAAUAGAGUAUUUCCGUCUUGAGAUGCACUAUACUGGUAAGCAUUAUUUAAAAAACCUGUAAAAGAAAACCGCAAACCAAAAUAAAAGCUAUAUGGAGAAAAUCUGU